UCCAUCCAUCCAUCCUCUUGAAUCUUCUUCUCUCUCCCCACCUUCUUUUUCCCCAUCAAUUUUCCCUGUCCUGUUUCUCUCUCCCCCCCCCGCUCUGGGGCCUCAUCUAUCUGUCUCUAUUACCUCCACCUUCAAUCAUUGACUUGAAUUCGAUUGCCUCACCAUGUCGACUCCCCUUCUCGUCUCGUACGACCCCGCCGCCGCCUCCACCGGCGGUUUGUCGCUGAAGCAGAUCGCCUACUUCGGUCGCGUUCUUAUCAAGGUUUCCAGCCUCGCUCAGGCAGAGGAGUUCCUCAAGCGCAACUUCCGUCUCCUUGAUGUCUACGUCGAUGCCUCUGCUAUUGCCUCCUCCGGUGACUUGGUCGACAUCCUCAACGCCGGUGCCGCCAAGAUCUUUGUCACACUCAACCAGUUGACCACCUUGUCCGAAGAACAGUCCGUCCCCUCAUCUCGGGUCGUCGCCAUUGCCUCCGAGAGCCAAGUCAAUGCCUUCCAAUCCUGGGUUGGCGGAUCUGCCGAGCGCCAAGAGGCUGGUCUAUCUACCGAUGCCUCUGCCAUCAAGUCUCUGGCUGAGCAAUUGAACGUCAACCUCGAGGCUCAGAACCUUUAUCGCACAUACUCUGGCGCUGUCACUGAGGAGGCCUUGAAGGACACUAUCGGUCAAGGAGGUGUCUGUGUUGUUCCCGCCGACGCUCUGACCUUCGACCACCAACAACCCAACGGCAAGAUUGUCGCCGCCUCAUUGGUCGCCGCUCGCGCUGUGACCGACCAAAGCAACGGUCUUUAUGCAACCACCGUCACCGAUGAAAGAGGAAUCUGCUUGGGACUGGUUUGGAGUAGCAAUGAAAGCAUUGCAGAGGCUCUUCGCACCGGUACGGGCGUCUACCAAAGCCGGAAGCGUGGCUUGUGGUACAAGGGUCAGUCCAGUGGAGAUGUGCAAGAACUGAUCCGCAUUGGUUUCGAUUGCGACAGCGACUGCUUGGUCUUUGUUGUCAACCAGGUUGGUAGAGGUUUCUGCCACUUGGGUGCUCCCAGCUGCUUCGGACCUUACAACGGCCUCGCUCGUCUGCAAAAGACGCUGCAGGCUCGCAAGGCCGAUGCUCCCGCCGGCUCCUACACUGCACGCCUCUUCAACGAGCCCAAGCUCACGCAGGCAAAGAUCAUGGAGGAGGCUGAUGAGUUGUGCCGUGCCAACACCAAGGAGGAGAUUGCUUUCGAGGCCGCCGAUCUGCUUUACUUUGCCCUGACUCGCUGUGUCGCUGCUGGUGUCAGCCUUGAGGACGUGGAGCGCAACCUUGAUCUCAAGAGCUUGAAGGUCAAGCGCAGAAAGGGUGAUGCCAAGGGCCCCUGGGCGGAGAAGGCUGGCUUGACCGCCGCCACCCCCGAGUCGAAGCCUGCUGCCCCUGAGCCGGCUCCCAAGAAGGUUGAUGAUGAGCCUCUUCAGAUGACUCGUGUGAUUACCGCCUCGACUCCGGUUGACCAGGUGAAGGAGUAUCUCAAGCGUCCCUCCCAGAAGUCCAACGAUGCGAUUGUUGCUCUCGUUCGCCCCAUUAUCCAGGAUGUCCGCGAGAAUGGCGAUGCCGGCGUGCUCAAGUACACCCACAAGUUUGAGAAGGCUACUUCCCUGACCUCUCCUGUCAUCCGUGCCCCAUUCGCACCUGAGCUGAUGAAGCUGUCCCCUGAGACCAAGGAAGCCCUUGACAUCAGUAUUUCCAACAUCAAGAAGUUCCACAGCGCUCAAAAGGGCAGCCCUGAGGGCCUCAAGGUUGAGACCAUGCCCGGUGUCGUGUGCUCUCGUUUCUCGCGCCCCAUUGAGCGGGUUGGUCUCUACAUCCCUGGUGGAACGGCGGUUCUGCCGUCCACGGCCAUGAUGCUGGGAGUUCCAGCCAUGGUGGCUGGCUGUGAGAAGAUUGUUCUCGCGUCUCCUCCUCGUGCCGAUGGCAGCAUCUCUCCCGAGAUUGUCUAUGUUGCUCACAAGGUGGGUGCCGAGAGUAUCGUACUCGCUGGUGGUGCCCAGGCGGUUGCGGCCAUGGCGUACGGUACUGAGAGCGUCAGUAAGGUGGACAAGAUCCUGGGACCAGGGAACCAGUUCGUCACGGCGGCCAAGAUGUUGGUCUCCAACGACACCUCCGCUGGUGUCAGCAUUGACAUGCCCGCCGGUCCUAGUGAGGUGUUGGUGAUUGCGGACAAGGAUGCCAACCCGGCUUUCGUGGCUUCUGAUCUUCUCAGCCAGGCCGAGCACGGAGUGGACUCCCAGGUUAUCCUCAUUGCCAUCGAUCUGAAUGAGGAGCAGCUCCAGGCUAUUGAGAAGGAGGUUGACAUCCAGGCCAAGGCUCUUCCUCGUGUCGACAUUGUGAAGGGCUCCUUGGCCCACUCGGUCACUUUCGUUGUGCGUGACCUCGCUGAAGCCAUGGCUUUGAGCAACGAAUACGCUCCCGAACACCUGAUCCUGCAGAUUCAGAACGCUGAGGCGGCUGUGGCGAGUGUGAAGAACGCCGGAAGUGUCUUUGUCGGACAGUGGACCCCCGAAAGCGUGGGCGACUACUCUGCUGGCACGAACCACUCUCUCCCUACCUAUGGAUAUGCCAAGCAGUACUCUGGAGUGAACCUCGGAUCCUUCCUCAAGCACAUCACCAGCUCUAAUUUGACCGCGGAGGGUCUUCUGGGUCUGUCUCGUACGGUGGAGCAGCUGGCUGCGGUUGAGGGUCUCGAUGCGCACAAGCGGGCUGUGAGCAUCCGUGUAGCGCACAUGAAGAAGCAGCAGCAGUAGUUUGAUGAUGAUGCGUAAUGUUUCGUUUUCUUUAGCAGCUGGUUACGAUCUGACGCGCGUAAUAUUGCAAGCAUAGCCAAUCAGAAAAGUAUGAUUCCCUUGUGACGAUCAAUGUACAAUAUGAAGAACAUUUGGUAUCUCGGACGCCUGGCGAUCUAUAAACC